CCACGCAUGCGUAAAAACUUCCGGCUUGUCAAACACCGGGAUAAGAGCUGUCAGAGAGCUGUGACCCAAAAGUAGCAAAACGGUUAUUUAAAAACGUAAAGACGGCUGACAGAUUGUGAUUGUCUCCGAGUUCGAUCUCAAACGGUGAAGAUAUUGUAUCAUUUUCACGACGCGACUGCGGCAUGCUCGCCUUUGGUUUAACGGUAGUCCGACAUGGUGAGACGCAGUGCAACAAAGAUGGCCUUUUACAAGGUCAGAAAAUAGACUCUCCGCUUUCUGAAAUUGGCAUACAGCAGUCUGAGGCGGCUGGACAAUACCUCAGGGAUGUGAAAUUCACAAAUGUGUUUGUCAGCAACAUGAAACGUGCCAAGCAGACUGCCGAGAUCAUUGUGAGGAACAACAGAACCUGCCAUGACUUAGAACUAGUAGCAGAUCCAUCACUUAUAGAAAGGAGUUUUGGCAUAGCUGAGGGAGGUCGAGUUAUAGAUAUGAAAAACAUGGCUAAAGCAGCAGGACAGCCUUUACCAGAGUUCACUCCACCCGAUGGAGAGACCAUGGAGCAGGUGAAGGUGCGAAUUAAGGAUUUUCUAAAGGCCAUGUUCCAGCAAAUAGCAAAUGACCAUCAAGACAAAGUACAAGAUGGAGGAACAUCCUCAGCAGACGAAAGCACUGAGGCUCCAGCAGGACUGGCGGAUGAUGGAGUCUCUAAUGUGCCUGUACAUGCACUAGUGGUCGGUCAUGGGGCUUAUAUGAGCAUAGCCAUGCGCUAUAUUUUUGAGGACCUGAAAUGCCCAGUGCCUCGUGGUUUAGACCCAGCUUAACAGUUUUCCAUCUGCCCAAACACUGGAAUGUGCCGAUUUAUUAUCACUUUGAAAUGUAGCAAUGUGGAUAUAGCACUUUCAGACAUCAAAUGUGUGUUCAUCAACAGAAGAGACCACUUCCAGACUAAUUAGCAUAUAAAAGGAAAUAUGGAGUAAAGUGCUAAAUGUUUAAGAUACGUUUUAUGCAAAAGAUUUUCAUAUUGAAGCACUUUUCCUGAGAUAAAAAUCAAACAUUUUUGAGAAUCAACAUUUACAAAUAUAAGAUCAUUCUGAAUUAACUAUGUAUAAUCAUUUGAAAAUUCAGUGUACUUUACAUUUGUAAUGACUGAAAUAUUUGAUGUGUGAUGACCAUUUAGACAAUGGAUCGGCAAACUCAGUCCUGGAGAGCAUGCAGAGUUUUGCUACAACAUUAAUCAAACACACAUGCUAAUCAGGGUCCAGGCCCGUAGCCAGGGAGGGGUUCAGAUGGUUCAGAAGACCCACCCCUCACUGACAAAGGUUCAGAAUUUGUCCCAUUCAUGAGCUCAUCACCAAAAGUGGCCCAUAUUAAAAUUUAUUUGAAUACUAUUUUGGCUAAAAUUGUCAAAAAAGGGUCGUUAUAAUGACCAUCCGACAAGCUAUUUCAAAAUAAUGCUUAAAAUGUCACUAAAAUGCAGUACUUAAAUUACUUAAUUAAAUAGAAACUGAGGCGUAUAAAUGCAGGUCCACUUUUGACAAAAAAACAGCCUUUUCACCUACAGGCCUGGGGUCUUUAAGAUCACUAGAAAGCUAUAGGCAGGUGUGUUUGAUUAGGGUUGGAUCUAAACUCUGCAGGACACUAGUCCUUCAGGACCGUUUGUCCAUCGUAUUAAGUCUUAGUAAAUAUUAAAAUGUUUUGAGUAUGCUGCUAUCUAAGUUAUUUUAAUCGUAUUUUAAAUGCUUUAAAAGUGCAAAUGAUAACUAAAUAAAUGCAUGUGUCAUAUUUCAUACAGUUUUUAUUACAUUUAUUUUAGUUGUAUUUAAAAAUGAAUAAAAUGAAAAUUAGAAAUAAA